AUGACUAGAAGAAAAGAUUUAACAAGUGAAGAAAGGCAAGUUGUUGCACUCUUCCUUCUUCGCAACAGUGCAGGCGGCAAGCUGAACUACGGCACUCAAAAGGCUGCCAUGUUGAAGUGGGGCUGCUGUAGGAGUUCGAUCGCUCGUCUAUGGAAGGCUGCAAAGGAAGAACAAGCACAAGGUCAAUUAAUAUGUGUUCAAAGUAAAAAAAUCAACAAGGUUAGAAGGAAAAGAGUUCAUAUCGAUUUAGAUUUAAUUUCAAGUUUGGAAUUGCACAAAAGAGGAACAAUUAGAAGGCUAGCAACAGGUAUCAACUGCUCGAAGUCAACAGUGGGUAGAUGGAUAUCAAGAGGGCUGAUCAGAGCUCAUUCAAGUGCUAUCCGACCUGAUUUGACAGCCCCCAACAAGCUAUUACGGCUUAAGUUCUCUCUUGAACAGAUUGAGUAUGAUAGAAUAUGCAUGGCCCUAAAGUUUAAGCCUAUGCACAAUGUAGUGCAUAUUGAUGAGAAGUCGUUCUAUAUCACCAAGACAAACCACAAAUUUUACUUAACACCACAAGAAACUGAACCACAUCGCACAUGUAAGAGUAAGAAGUUCAUCACUAAGGUUAUGUUUAUGUGUGCGGUGUGUAGACCAAUUUUCGACACAGAUGGGAGUGUGUUGUUUGAUGGCAAAAUAGGAAUCUUUCCUUUCACUGAGAUGGUGCCAGCCAAGAGAUCAAGCAAGAACAGGCAGGCUGGAACAUUAAAAGAGAAGACAAUUCAGUCCAUCACUAAAGAAGUGAUCAAGGACUGCAUCAUCAAUAAGGUAUGGAUGUCAAAUGACAAAUAUUAUUCCAGCAAUAAAGGCAAAAUGGCCUGCAAAACAAUCUUCAUUCAACAAGAUAAUGCUAAGCCGCAUAUUAAAGACAGUGAUCCAGAUUUUAGGGCUGCUGCAACAGCCGAUGGCUUUGAUAUUAGGAUUGUCCAUCAACCUCCAAAUAGCCCUGACACCAACAUCAAUGACUUGGGUUGGUUUAGGGCUAUUCAAAGCUUGCAAGUGCAAUCAGUUUGCUCAAACGUGGAAGAUUUAGUUAAAGCAGUUCAGAUUUCAUUCAAUGAGCUAAGUCUUAAUACAUUGAAUGCUGUUUUCUUGAGUUUACAGGGUUGCUUAACUGAGAUAAUGAAAGUGAGAGGGCAAAACAGUUACAAGCUCCCACAUAUGAAGAAGGGAGUGCUUGCAAGACAAGAUGCACUUCCAUUGACUUUGGAAGUGCCAAAACAGCUAGUGGAAGAGUGCAUUCAGUACUUGCUUGACAAAGGAGUAGUUGAAGGUAUUCCCCAACUGAAAGAAGCUUUGGGAAUAGACACUUGUAGUAUUAGAUCAAUGGAGGCUGCCAUGUUGAUUGAGACUGCCUGCAUUGGUUAG